CCUCUGUGUAGUACAACUAUUCUAUAUUCUCCCACCUCUAUAAAUAUCUUCUUUUUUUCUUACCAAAAAUCUCUGCAAUGUCCCAACCACCAUGGCUCGCUCCCUUCCCUUCUUCUUCUUUUUCCUCUUCCUCAUCCUCUCCGCCUCGGCUCACAGCGGCCACGACGACAGCGACGGCGACAGCGACUCAAACGACGAAGACAUUCACCUUCGGGCGAGGCCUCUGAUACUGGCCAAGAUAUGGUGUUUGAUCAUCAUUUUUGUGGCCACUUUUGUUGCGGGCGUUUCUCCCUACUUUUUGAAGUGGAACGAGGGGUUCUUGGCGCUGGGAACGCAGUUUGCUGGGGGUGUCUUCCUGGGCACGGCGAUGAUGCACUUUCUCAGCGAUGCCAAUGAGACUUUCGAGGACUUGACUACCAAGGAGUACCCCUUCGCCUUCAUGCUGGCCUGCGCCGGCUACUUGUUGACCAUGGUGGCGGAUUGUGUCAUCGCGUUUGUGUAUGGGAAGGGAAACGGUGUUGGGUCCGCUGUUGCUGAUCCGGAGCUUCAAGGUGGAGUUGAGCAAGGGAAAAGUAUUAAUAACGGUGCACAAACAGAAUAUCAGGCCCAUGAUGGCACCAGGAGGCACUUCCCACACCACUCUGUGGCAGCUGCUGAUUCACUUGGGGAUAGCAUUUUGUUGAUCGUAGCCUUAUGCUUCCAUUCUGUCUUUGAGGGCAUUGCAAUUGGAGUUGCAGAGACAAAAGCCGACGCCUGGAAAGCUUUAUGGACAAUCUCUUUGCACAAGAUAUUUGCAGCCAUUGCCAUGGGUAUUGCUCUCCUUCGUAUGAUGCCGAACCGGCCCCUCUUAUCAUGUGUAGCCUAUGCUUUUGCCUUUGCCAUUUCAAGCCCAAUUGGUGUGGCCAUUGGAAUCAUAAUAGAUGCCACAACUCAGGGUGCUGUGGCUGAUUGGAUCUUUGCCAUAUCAAUGGGUAUAGCAUGUGGAGUUUUCAUCUAUGUCUCCAUAAACCAUCUACUAUCAAAGGGUUAUAUACCCCAGAAGACCAUUGCAGUUGACACACCCUAUUACAAAUUAUUGGCGGUGUCGUUAGGCGUUGGCGUAAUUGCUGUUGUCAUGAUUUGGGACACUUGAGAUCAUGCUGAACCGGAUGCCUGUCUGCUUCUUGAUUGGUUGUCUUUGUGGGAAGACUGCUGCUCUUGGCUUACCUUCAUGAAAGAAGAUAAAUGUAUGUGAGACUUUCUUGAUCAUAUUACAUGGAAGAUAUAAUACAUGUACCAAGCAUCUUUCUACUUUAAAUCUUGUUAUAGGUCUUGUACGGGCAUAAAAUCAGAAUUCAUGAAGAGAUAGAUUGGCCGUACCCUUUGUUAUUAUUUUUAUCAUUGAUUUUUCCAAUUGACAGAGCAAUGUAUAAGGGGGCCUUUACAAACUAUAAGAAAUCAUCAGCUGUGCUCUCUUGCCUUUUGUUGAGGUUUCUGCUUACCCAUAAAUGUAAUAGUUUCUCUUGGCACUGCCACAUCUGCAGAGUGAAAUAGUUAUGAGAUGAAAUGUGAUUUUCGUUGUAUAGAAAGUACAUGGAUUCUGUCUCUUGCCAGUGAA